GUGUACCCUAUUCAAGAUGGCUGGUGUUGGAGAAGGGAAAAACAAGAAAGGAGACAAUGGGAUUGGAAAUGCCAUUGACUUUGUCCUCUCAAAUGCCAGACUGGUGCUGGGAGUUGGUGGAGCAGCUAUGUUGGGCAUUGCAACAUUGGCUGUUAAGAGGAUGUAUGACCGGGCAAUCAGUGCCCCAAGUAGCCCCAGCAAAAUGGAUAUGAGGUCGGGGAAGCAAAGUUGGGAAGAGCCCAGCUGGAUUGGGUCAUCUCCGCGUUUAUUGACUAGAGAUAUGAAAAUGAAUAUUAGCAGAUCACUUCAGACCCUGCCAACUGAUAGCUCGAGCUUUGAAGCAGGUACUUCCAAAGGUGCUGCUUCUAGUAAGAAAACCCAGAUGGAUUUGAAGAAAGCUCGACUCCGUUUGUCCAUGCAGGAUAAGCUGCUCAUGUAUUAUCGUAAGAAUGUUGUCAUCCCAAGUGCGGAAAUGAGCCGAGCCAAGCAGGCUGCCAUGGACAUUUGCACAGAACUGCGGAAUUUUAUCCACGCCAAAUUUCCUGAUAUGCCUCUCCGGGAUAUGUAUCUUAGUGGCAGCCUGUAUGAUGAUUUACAGGUGAUCACUGCAGAUCAUGUUCAGUUGAUGGUUCCACUGAUCCUGGAAAAGAACCUCUGGGCUGCAAUCCCAGGGGAGGAGACCAUAAUGAAUGUCCCUGGAUUCUGGCUGAUCCGCAGGGAAAAUAUGGAAUAUUUCCCCCGUGGCAGCAGUUACUGGGAUCGCUGCAUCGUUGGCGGUUACCUCUCGCCUAAAGUUGUAAACGAGACUUUUGACAGAGCAUUAUCAGGGACAAUUAACUGGCCAGCUAUAGGCAGUGUCCUGGACCUUGUCAUUCGACCGGUGGUUCCUUCCGAAAUGCUGACCUUAGAGGUUCAGUAUGACACCAGUAAAAAAUUAUUUAUUGAAUUCUUGCCGCUGAUCGUGAUGGAGGAGAACAUGUUGAUUUCAAAACCGCACCGUGAUGGACGGUAUGAAAACAUGUGGAGGCAAAGCUUCCGAACUGCUGAGACCGUCAAAUUGCGAGCUCUGGACGAGAGGGAUGGAGGUUGUCGCUGCUGCUGCCUGAAGAUACUGAAAGCCAUCUGCAAGUCCAGCCCUGUUCUCAACAAGUUGACAGCCAGUCAGCUGACAAACACCAUCCUCCAUGGUUGUGCAAAAGAAUCUGACUGGUCACCAGAUCUUCUGUCAGAUAAAUUCCUGAUGAUUCUCAAAGAGCUGAUAAGCUACUUGGAGCAGGGUUUCUUGCCAUGCAGUUUAGAUACCAAAGUCAACCUGUUUUUGGAACUUAAAGAAGAAGAAAUUGAUGAGUUGGGAUACAUGUUGUACUGUUCGCUAUCUGAACCAGAGACGUUGUUAAAUACAUGAAUUAGUUUCGUAGUAGACAUGUGAAUAGGUUCAUAAUUUGAUAUUUAUCGAGGUUCAGCAGAUUACUGAGUUCGAGUGCUGUUAACCAGUUAAUAACCCAGUUGGCCAGGUGACUCUUCAUUUUGCAUUUCCUAAACUUGUAAUCGUGAUCCAAAAUAGCAUGAAAGGGGAAGUAGUGAUCUUGUGGAAAGGACUUCAAAUGUUGUUUACUACUUUAAAACAAAAGGCAAUUAGGCUUAAGCUGAUUGGAUUCAUUAAAAGUACAAAAUACUAAUGUGAAAUGAAUGUUCACAUUUCCCAUAAUACUGAAAAUGUAAAGAUUUAAAGUAAAUAUCACUUUGAAAGCCUUGAGCAAAAUCUUCAAAAUUAUAGCUGUCAAUAAAGCCAAUAUGACUGAGUUCUGGUAAUAUUUUCUACUGGUUCUGUUUUUGAAAACCAAUAAAUGUCUAGAAUUAUUACUGGAGAAAUGUAGACAGAGAAAUUAACAGGGACUGCAUUUUAAAAGUGCAAGUUAAGAGUUUCUGAAACAAAUGCGGUUGACCUGAUGCGCUCAUGAGCAAUUUUACCUCCCACUUGAUUUGAAUGAACAUCCCUUUCAUUGUUGCAGCUCCCUCAAAGUAUGCAACUUAAAGGAGUUGAGUCAUUCCUUCAAACGUACUUCCCUCUAGAGUUACCAACUCAUUGAAGUAAAUAUUGACUAUUACCUGCUGGAAAAUUGGCAUUUCUGAGCCAGAUUUGCCACUUGAAGCAAAAGUGCCAAUGAUUAAGAUUUGCUUUGGGUAUAGAUCCCAACUUAAAACUCAUACACAAAGUAUAAAACUGUGCAAAGCAUAAAUAAUGGGAACAGACCAGUGUGCACAAAUGGCCUGUCACUUUGCUGUAAAUUUUGUGUAAAAUGACAAGUUCAAUGAUUUGUGAAGGAAAAAAAUUAUUUUGUUAGAUUUUGUUGUUCAUCACCAAGCUAAAUGGUUUUGUAGACUCUUGUGUCUGGACUAUUGUCACAACGCAUCCUUUAGAUUUUUACAUCAAGCUACGUUGGUACGCUUUAACUAGAAAUGUUCACCCACUUUAAUCAACACACAAUUCUUGUGAGUAACCCAUCUAAACUUAUUUCUCCUGUUAAGAUGCUGCCAGGAUUGUUGGAUGCCUGUUUUAAUACAAAACCUUCUGUCUAAGAUGAUAUCCAUUAGUGAGGUUAUGGUCAGCAUGGUGCUUUCCCAAAUGAACUAAAUUUGUGCCCAUUUAUUGCAUCACUGCCAACUAUCUUUCUGCAGGGAUUUUCCACAUCAGAUUCAACUUUUCCCAUACACAGGUAAGUGUUACUAUGUCCCAGUAACUAAAGACAAACAUUUUUUCAGCUCUGUCCUGUAGUGCUUAUGAUUUAUCUCAGGGUUCCAAAAUGCUUGAGUGCGAGUUCCUAUUCACAGUUAAAAGGGGUGAUUUUCAAAGAUACUGUGAAGCUCAUGUAUAAUGUAAAGUAUUUGGUUCUUUUUCCAGUUUUUCGUGUUUUUAAUAUGUUGCCUUUUCUGAUCUGUGCUUCUUGGUUCCUUAGUCUGAUUCUCAUAAAUCCCCAGGUUCAAGCUGGGGUUGAUGUUGAAUUAGCUAGCCUCAGUGAAAGUGAUAUUAAAUUAGCCUCAGUGUCCCGAAGGCAGGCUGGUUUGGGUAUUGAUCACUCAAAGUUUCCAGCUUUGUUCUCCCACCUGUUUACUGUCGCUGUCUGUCUUUUUUUAAAUCUCUGUCUGUCUGUCUCUCUCUCUCUCUCUCUCUCUCUCUCUCUCUCUCUCUCUCUCUCUCUCUCUCUCUCUCUCUCUCUCUCACACUCUCACUGUCUGUCCCAUCCCAACUCUAGGUGCAUGUGUGGUGAGGAUAGACUCAGGACUCUUCUGUGAUGUCCCUUGUCGUCUCUCCAAAUGAUUAAACUUAUAUACAGCCUUGGUUGGACCAUAUUUGCAUUCCUGCCCUUACCUUCAGUCUACAGAUUAGAAAAAGGAUGGAGAGGCUCUGGAGAAAGUGCAAGAAAAAUCUGUUCGCUGUAAUGAUACUUGAACUAAAGGUUGCUCCAUCACAAGAGACUGAACAGACUGUCCCACUUCAGAAGAGUGAAGAUUUGAGAGGUGAUCUAAUAGAGAUAUUUAACAUCGUGAAGAGCUUUGAUGGGUAGCUAUUAAAAAGUUGUUUCCACUAGUAGUUGAUUCCAAACUCGAGAGAAACAUCUGUGCCCAUGGCAGUCAGAAUAUGGAACUUGGUGCCACAGUUAGUAGUUGAGGCAACUAGCAUAGCUGCAUUUAAGGGUAAAAGCCUUCUGAUUUGCAUUAUGCACUUGCAUUGAAAGAAAUCAAAGGUCAUACUUAUGGUGAGAUUAAUUAGCUUGGAAGGAGGCUCACAUGGAGAGUGAACACUGGUAUAGAUCAUUUGUAUUGAAUAACUUGUUUGGAACUGGUACACUUUCACACUUCAAUAUUUUUUUUUCCCUAUGCUGUUUCUAACAUACACAUCAGGUGACUCUUUCCCCUUCUCUCCUUAAGUGCACUUCAAGGUCUUGUGGCAUCUGUUGCUGUGCUACUGUUGGUACCAAUGUCACCUUGCCAUAUAAUUUGUACAGCUGCUAUAUUAUGCAAGAUUAUUUUGUAUGUUUGCCAUUUCAGUCAUUAUGUUCUUAAGAACAGAAGUGUAUAGUGGAACAGCACAGUGGUUAGCAUUGAUCCCUCGCAUUGCCAGGGACUUGGCUCCAAUUACAGCCUUUGAAAGACUGUAUGGAGUUUGCAUGUUCACCCCAUGUCCUUGUGGGUUUCUGCUAGGUGCUCCAGUUUCUUCCUACAGUCUGAAGAUGUGCAGGUUAGGUAGAUUGACCAUGGUAUAUUGUUCUGUAGCGUCCAGAGAUGUACAGGAAAGGGUGGGGUGCGGGGUUUAGCUAUGGUAAAUGUAGGGUUUUGGGAAUGGGAGACUGGAUCUGUGUGGGAUGUUGUUGGAAGAGUUGGAGCAAACUCAAUGGGCCAAAUGGCCUCUUUCUAUACUGUAGGGAUUCUAUGAUUCCACAUCAACGGCGUUGUGAUGACUGAAAAGAUGUUGGAGUUGAUCCCAUGAUCUUGGACCCUCUAAUGAAGAAGUUCCUGAAUGGGAUGUGGCUGAAACCAAUGGGGAGUCUGUCUGAUGCACACCUGUUGGCUAGUCAGCAUUGAGAAGAGGCUGAUAGUCGAGAGGAAUUCAUGGAGGGUUGGCUGAGGGGUUGCAAGAAAGGAUAUGUCCCUAUGUAAGUGAAAACGUACGCUUUUAUUUUAAGAAAAUAAUGAUUGAACUGGCAAGCAAGCCUCAUAUAGCAACAGUACAAAUGUAAGCUGUAUGGAAGGGUGGCAUUGCCACCAUUGGUAGCCAAUGGGUGCCAUAAUCUCUGGAAGUGUAUCUAAGGAGAGGAAAGAGUUACCUGCGUUUCCCAUUCUUGACAGCUACUUGGUUCCCAUCUAGACACUCUGCGGAUGCUUUCAUUGGACAUGGUAGAAUUGGGUUGUGUGGUCAAAUAGCCCUUUAUCCAUUUGUGCAUACGAUGUAUGGCUAAGUACCUCAGGCAGCUGCAACUAUGAACUCAGCUACAGCAAGCAUCUCAUUCUUGGAGAAGAAAAAUAGGUAGUGUUUAAAAGGUGCAAAAUGAUGCAAGGAUGUGCGACACUUUAAAGAUGAUUCCAUCUAUCUGUAGUUACAAAUAAUGAUCUUGUAGAUAUUUUCUUAUCAACCUGUUUAGAAAUGUAAGAUGGUGCAGGUGGGAUUUUAACCUGGACCUCUUGUAUCUGAAGUAGGGGCACAACUACUAUGCCACAAGAGCUCUUUUUAAUAAUGAUGUUGUACAAGAUUAUGAUUAAUAUUCUGCACUACUUGUAUAAUUGUUAUAUGAUAUGCACAUUGCCGGUAUAAUAUUUGUUUAAUUCAUUGUAAUCAUAAGUGUUGUGACCCAUCUACCGUGGAUAGGUUUUGUCCUGGUUCAAACUCUGUAAUUUCGAUAAAUUUAUAAUUUACAAGAAUCUCUAGUCAAAGAUGACUAUUGGGAAAAAAUGAAAUCCAUGAGGCUGCCUGGGUAGCUGUGGCCAACAGAAACGUAAAACUCAAAGGCAAAGAAAAACUCUUUGGCUAAAUAUCAUUAGCUGAUAUUAGCUCAAUGAGUUAAACAGUCUAUGUAGAAUACUGAUUUAAAACACUGAUUUUCGUACUGUUUCUGCAUUUGAACCUAACUAUGCUGCAUCUGUAAAAUCUCAGCAAAUGACCAACUAUUCCUGCUGACAGUAAUGGACUAUACUGAGCUAAUUGAAGAAUAUUGCUUCUGUAACACUGAAAUACUUGGCAUUCUCUCUUGUGCAGCACGCACUAUGUUAUGCCACUGAAUUUAAAAUUCAUUCCAGUUCAUGAAGAACAAUUUGUUUUCUUUUUGGAAACAAAUGAAAACAAAUUACUGGAGAAACUCUAGUCUGGCAGCAGCUGUGAAGAGAAAGCAGUGUUAACAUUUCUGGUUCAGCGACCCUUCAGAACCUGCUGAGUUUUCUCCAGCAGUUUGUUUUUAUUUGUUUCAUUCCUCUAGCAUCUACAGUUUUUUGUUUUCUUUCCUUUUAGUUUGGGCAUUGGAGUGUAAUAAAUAAAAGGAUAUAUACAUAACAAAAGAGAUGUUAUUGUUUUUGAUGUGAUUGAAAGCAGAGCUGAUUAUAUUCAGGGCAUUGGAAGGGCCAUAUUGUAAGGUGAUCAGGUGGUUGUGUGCUUAGGUUUCUUUAUUUAGUCAUUGCAAUAUUAAUAAUAAACUAGUUAAAUUAUAACAAAUUCCUCUUCAUAAAUUUGAAUACAUUUUAUGUACACUGGUUUAAAACUUGCUGAUGUGACCAUGACAUGAAACACUGCCCCCUGUCUUUGAGCCCAACAUUGUGUAAAUUUGACUGGCGUGGAAAACAUCAGAAAUAUUAGAUAAUUUGAUGUAUCAGAUUAUAUUUAUUUGUGGAUUAAGUUCUUUUUGUUGUUUGUGAAUACUCUCUAUUUUGCAUAGGUUUUUAAAACUUCACAUUUGCAAAUGCAACAGAUUCAAUCAAUAUUGCUCAAACAUUCAAUUUAUAAUUCGAUAGUCGUCAGUGUUAACUCUGAGAACCACCAUUAGUACAAAAGCAGGGUAACGAGAGUAUCUUGCAAAACACAGGAACACAGAAAUGUUACCUUUCCAGACACAGCAAUAGAUCCUGGAGUGUCUCAUAAAAAGCACUUAAGAAUUGUGCAACAAGUAGUAGACACUGUGACUAUUGCAAAUUAUAACAAACUUGAACAGAUGGAUCAUUCAGCAACGUCAGAGUCUCAUGGAAGUACAGUGGGUAUAUGAAGCUAGAUAAAAUCUUGUCUCAGGAAUUACAGCUCAAAAUAACUUGCAUAUAUGGUGAUCUUUUGUUACCUCACAACAUCCCAAAAAGCUUAGCAGCCAGUGAACCACUUUCAAAACAAGUCAUUCUGAGGGAAACAGGGCUAAGUCCCAUAAACAGCAAAAUAAUCACUAGGUAAUCUUAUUUUUAGGGUUUUUGGCUGCGGGAUAAAUAUCAGAUAAAAUACCAGAGAGAAUUCUGUUGCUUUUUAUUAAUAGUACCGUGGGAUCUUCUUGCAUCUGCCUGAGACCUCAAUGUUUCAGUUAAAGCCAGCAUCUCCAUCUUCCCCCAGACUGCACUAGCACGGUAGCCUAUAUUUUUGUGUUGAAGUAUCUGGUGUGCACCUUGAGCAGAUGAUUUUUUGACUUGGAUAUGACUACUGCCUGAUGAACUGACGCUUGUACAUCUGCUCAUGUACUUCCAUGCUUAAGCUAUUUAGAGACUGGUUUGGGUUGUGUGAUGCUGCAGAGUUGAUGAUUAGACAAUGACGUGAAUAACUUAUUGUCCAAUGUUAAAUGUUUGAUUUCUUGCCUUGUGCCAGGCAUAGGUUGCUGGGUUCCGGUCUUGCCUCUGAUUCAAGAGAUUGAGAUUUAUUCCCAUUCCAGGAACUCAAUUGCAAAAAUGAAAGCUGACAGUCCAACUAAGGGAAUACUGAGCUGUCAGAGGUGCAAAAUAUUAGGUUGAAGCCCUAGGCCCCUUUCACAUGGAUGUGAAAGAUCCUGUGGCACUAAGGUGAGCAGGAGAACUUUCCCCCAGUGUCAUAGCUAUUGUCACUCAAUCAAAUCAUAAACCAUUAUCUGGUUAUCAUCACAGUGCUGUUCGUGGGAGUUUGCUAUAGCAAAUUCCUAUUUACAAUAGUGUAGAUGAAAAGUACUUCACUGGUUUUAAAUGCUUCAAGGUGUCCCAUGAUCGUGACUUUUACCCCCUCAAUAUCUUUUUCCUGGUGUGCACACUCAGUUCUUUGCAUGGUUAAUGACUUCUGAAAGCAGAAAUCAGUGAGUUGGCACAGAGAUCAGUGUGCAUGGAGCCUCGAAUUGGCUACAUAACUUAAAGGGAACACUGAAAAUUGCAGUAUUAGUGCAAGUCUAUUUUUCUGUAGCUAUCCAAAAUAUGUCCCAAUAAUAGCAGAUAGCAAUUCACAUGUAUUGGAACAAAAAUUGGAACACUAUAGAGGAAUGCAGUCCAGGGAGUGCAAAGGAAUGAACGAAAGAAUGAUGAAAGUGACUGACUAACUUAACGUGUUACAAAUUGAUGAAUUUGCUUGUCAGAUUUUGACAUUUUUCAAAAAUUAUUUACCGGCAUUUUUGGAAAGUUCCAAAACACAGUUUAAAGUCUCCAUUCUAACAAGUUAACUGUCUCGAGCUUGAUUCUAGUCUCCAUUCAUCAUCUAUCCCGUGACAUUUGUUAAUUUGCAGUACUGUAGAUGCCAAUGACUUUGAAACUGUGCUUUUCUUUCUGGACAUAUCCAAUGAAAGUUGUUUUGUGUGCAUAUUUAGAAGCAGUAUACUCAAUUAUUACUUUCUUGUUGGUAUAUAUGGUAAGUUUUUGACAGAGAAAUGUGGUUAUUGGCAUCCUUUGAAAGUAUUAUCUCUGCUUCACAUUUGAUUAUUGAAAUCCAUGAACUCCAUGCUGACAAACUGCUGAAACAGACUGGAUUUCUGAGAAGUGAUCUAUUUAUUUUAAACUAUUUGUAAAGUGCUUCUUUGAAUAAAG